UAUUUCGAUAGUAUCAAAUAAAAAUUAAUCUUAUCGGGAAACACAUCACUUCGAAUGUCGUCGGUUGAUCGUGUCUUUCUCAGUUCUAUGACAAUAUGUUUAUUUUUAUUUUAACUAACGCACGGUAAAUCGGACCUACGAAACUGAAAAGUGCAGUCAGUUAAGUGUUUUGUGACCCAAUUUGUGUUCUACCGCACAAAUGGACGAGGAUUUUGACGACUUUGACGAUUUUGACGACGAGGAUUCUUUGUUAGGAUCAACAGAGAGGCAGGGCGAAGAAGUGAAACCAUGGAACACCUUCAAGGUGAUCCACAGGAAAACGGCCAGCGGAUCCACAGUCGAAAACAAACUGGUGGACAAUGGAGUCAAAUUUCUCAAAAUCGCCACCAUUUUUAUCACAUUUUUGGUGGUACUAGGUACGGCAGUACUAUCCAAGGGAUUGAUCCUCUUAAUGACCUCACAGAUCAAGAAGAACGUCACUAGGAAUUAUUGCAAUAAAGGACUAGAUAUUUCAAGGCAGUACAUCUUCUCAGUUCCCGAAGUUGAAAGAGCCACCUGGAUAUGGUUUUUGAUGCUCGCCUACUUUGUUCCUGAAUUUAUGACAUUCUUCAGGUCAGGACGAAUUCUACUAUUCAAAACGAGACUCUAUCCAACCCUUACGGAGUUUCUCAGCCUAUUAGUAACAGAAUGUUUACCAGCAAUAGGCAGCAGUCUGCUAAUUUUCUGCGUUCUACCGGAACUCGAUGUGGUCAAAGGAGCCAUGCUCACUAACGCAAUGUGUGUGAUUCCAGCAUUAAUGUUGGUUUUUACGAAAAUUGGUACGAAAAAGAUCUCAAUAGUCACUGAAAUUGCGGAUAUUUUGGCAUUGCUUGCGCAGCUAUCAGCGAUGCUUGCUUGGCCACUAAUAAAUCACGAUGAACCUAUACUGUGGCUUAUACCAAUUUGUGCCAUUUUAAUCUCGUUUGGUUGGUGGGAGAACUUUGUUUCGUUAUCAUCACCAAUAAAAUUGGUACGACAAUUGGCCAAAUCCAGAAAAGAGUUUCCCACCAGCAAGUACUUCUGCUACUUCAUCAUUUCACCGGUUAAAUGUAUAAUUUUUUUCGCGACCACUAUAGCUUGCAUAUAUUUUAAAGAUGGCGAUGUGAACUUUUUAUUCGAGAACUUUUCCGAUAUUUUCUGGAAUCAUCCGAUGACCGUUACCGAGGUUGUUCCACAAGUGACAGGUACCAACAUCACCGUAGAUGACGCAAUCAGCACUGGAAUAGUCCACAUAAUCUACAGCGAUAUCAAUCUUCAGGCCGCCAUUUGGGGCGUCAGCGUCGUUUCCGCUUAUGCUUGCUACGCCUUUGGCAAGUUUGCUUGCAAAAUUAUGAUCCAGGGUUCAAGUUUUGCUUUUCCGAUCGCUUUAACUGUGCCUUUCCUCAUAUCAGCUCUGGUGAUCUUUUGUGGAUUCUAUGCCAAAGACGUGUGUGCCUUCUAUGACUUCUUACCGGCAUAUCUCUUCUUUAACUCGCCACCUUUGCUUAACCUCUUGAACUUCGUGGAGACUCAACAUCCGUAUUUAUGGCUGUUUUGGCUGCUUUCCCAAAUAUGGAUCACCAGGCAUAUUUGGACCAACAAUAACUCGAAGCUAGCUUCCACUGAAAAGUUGUUCAUGCGUCCCAUGUACGACGGGAUCCUGAUCGAUCAAUCCAUUGCAAUGAAUCGCAGAAAUGUCGUGGAUAAACUUGUAGAGGAGGAGAAACUGGCAGACGGAUUGGAAAGCAAGAAUAUCAUUGACGAAAAUAAAAUAACAAGAAUCUACGCUUGCGCUACCAUGUGGCACGAGACUCCAGAGGAAAUGAUGGAGUUCUUCAAGUCUAUUUUCAGGAUGGACGAGGACCAAGCUUGCUACCGGAUUUCUAGGCAGUACUUACAGUACCCCGGCGAAGGGUAUUAUGAGUGGGAAACACACAUCUUUUUUGAUGAUGCCUAUUUGAGAAAAUCAGUAAACGACAACGAUCCAAUGCUAAACUCCUAUGUGAACGAUUUUAUUGCAACCAUACCCAAAGCCGCAGAAGAAGUGCAUAAGACAACAGUAAAAAUUCGACCUCCUACAAUAUACCCCACUCCUUACGGGGGCAGACUAAUAUGGGUCCUACCAGGAAGAACAAAACUCAUCGUACAUUUAAAAGACAAGGCUAAGAUUAGGGCUAAAAAGAGAUGGUCUCAAGUGAUGUACAUGUAUUACCUGUUAGGACACAAGUUAAUGGAUAAUGAAGAAAUGGAUGAUAAAAAGGUUAAGCUAAGAUCAUUUAACACGUACAUCCUGGCCCUCGACGGAGACAUCGAUUUCCAACCGGAAGCAGUCGCUUUACUAGUCCAGUAUAUGCAAAAAAAGAGCAACUUAGGAGCUGCUUGUGGGCGUAUUCAUCCUGUAGGUUCUGGAAUUAUGGCCUGGUAUCAAACGUUCGAAUACGCAGUGGGCCAUUGGAUGCAAAAAGCGACCGAACACGUCAUAGGUUGCGUUCUUUGUUCGCCAGGUUGUUUCUCUCUCUUUAGAGCUAGUGCCCUUAUGGACCACAAUGUAAUGGCUAGAUAUACGACGCGUUCUUCCGAGGCUAGGCAUUAUGUACAAUAUGAUCAGGGCGAAGAUAGAUGGCUCUGCACCCUCCUACUGCAAAGGGGUUACAGAGUGGAAUAUUCUGCUGCCUCCGAUGCCUAUACUCACUGUCCAGAAGGUUUCAUCGAAUUCUACAAUCAAAGAAGGAGAUGGGGACCGUCUACCACUGCAAACAUUUUGGAUCUGCUUGAGGAUAGCGAUCACAUCAAGUUGGUUAACGAUGAUAUAUCCUCUCUAUAUAUAUUUUAUCAAGUGAUUUUAAUGAUUGGCACAGUGAUUGGUCCCGGAACGAUAUUUCUCAUGUUGGUCGGUGCGUUUGUUACGGUUUUCAAUGUUUCCCAGUUUACGGCGUUGUGGCUCAAUGUUGGUCCCAUUUUGUUUUUCGUGCUCACUUGUAUAAUAUGCAAAUCGGAUACGCAGUUAAUGGUGGCAGCAAUACUGAGCGCGAUCUACGGCCUAGUAAUGAUAAUGGUGCUCAUAGGUGUCGCGAUGCAGAUCUACGACGAUGGUGUUCUGGCCCCUUCUUCUCUGUUCUUCUUCUUAAUGAUGGGCGAAUACGUGGUAGCUGCAAUGCUCCAUCCAAAAGAGUUCUACUGUCUUAAAUAUGGCGCCAUCUACUUGAUCACCGUUCCAAGCAUGUACAUGUUGCUCAUCAUCUACUCCGUGUUUAACAUGAAUAACGUCAGUUGGGGCACCAGGGACGUCAGCGUAGCACCUCCACUACCAGAGGGCCAACCGAAACCUCCACCAAAAAAAGAAAAGUCCUUCGUAGAAGACGUACUCGAUAAAAUGAAGAAGUUCUUUAUGGCAUGUUGCUCGGGAGACUCCAAGCAUUUAGUUAUGAUCAGUAAUUCUUUGACGCACAUUCAAUCAAAAGUGGAACAAAUUGAGCAGAAAGUCGAGGAUUUGGAGCGGAUCACUUUGGAUCCAGAUGCGGCAGUGCCAAGGAAAACCAUGGGAAAAAGGAAAACCACUAUUAUUGAAGGGUCUAGGGCGUCGAGACAGUCACUCCGGAAAUCAACGAUGAACAAACCAGGGGCCAUCCCAAAUGAAAACGCCAAUGCCUCUAUUGCCGAAGAUGAUGAAGAAGAUUAUGAUGAGGAAGAGUCCAUCGGUAGCUCAGACGAUCUUCAAAACAAUAGCUGGUUCUACGCGGGUGAACUCCUAAGGGGACGAGUGACUUUCUUGGAUAAAAAGGAGGAAAAGUUUUGGAAGGAGUUGCUAGAUGCGUAUUUGCAUCCUAUUGAAGAUGAUAAGGAAAAAGUGGCCAAAGACUUGAAAGAUCUGAGAGACAGAAUGACCAUGAGCUUCUUCGCACUAAACGUAUUUUUUGUCACGGUAGUAUUUCUUCUUACCAUUAAGAAAGACAUACUUCACUUAAAUUGGCCGUUCAAUCCCACGGUGAACUUCACUUACAGUGCCGCCAGCAGCAUCAAUGAGAUUGUCGUUGAAAAAACCUACUUGCAACUGGAACCUAUAGGAUUCGUGUUUUUGAUCUUCUUCUUCGCCCUCAUGGGGGUGCAGUUCUUUGGGAUGUUGCUCCAUCGAUUUGGCACGUUUUCACAAAUUAUGGCCAACACCGAUGUCGAGUUUGGAGAAAAGAAGAUAGAAAACUUGACCGAGGACGAACUACUAGAAAAAGACUCUAUAAAAAUCGUAAAAAAACUGGUGAAACUCAAAGGCAUUAACGGUGACGACGAGAAAGACGAGGAAGUAGACGCUCACGUAUCCAGAAGGAAAACCGUGGCGGACUUGGCGAAAAACAAAGACAGAAAACGUGCAGUCAUCAACGACUUGGAUUCCGCCUUUAAAGCCCGUAUGGCAAAAAUACGUAAAGGAGAAGACGCUGGAGUGGCUUUACCUAGGAAAACUUUGGCAGCAAUUCACAGAAGAAGAACAACAGUUCUUAAGAGAAAAUCAAUGAUGCCGCAGUUCAAUCCCAGCGCGUUUAAGGCGUUUAAUCAGCAUUAUGGAGAGGAGAGUCCUAGCAGGACUAUACAUCAUAUAGAGAAUCCCGGGUAUGAUGAUGAUCCUGCUGACGCGUAGAUUUUAUGUGCUAGUUGUUUUAGAAUUUUUAAUAAAUAAUUUUGGGUCUUAA